AUGACUGCACCAACUGCCCCCGCCUCAGCCAAUGACUGCACCAACUGCCCCCGCCUCAUUCACCGCCUCAGCCGCCAACUGCCCCCGCCUCAGCCAAUAACUGCACCAACUGCCCCCGCCUCAGCCAAUAACUGCACCAACGGCCCCCGCCUCAUAGUCGAUCGUGGGCGGAACACUCGCUGCUUGCACCACGGCCCGCUGUCCUGGAACCUGCAGCUGCUCCUGGUGGCCCGGACCAACCGCUGCAGCAUGCACACAUGCCCACAUCAUGCGUCCGUCACAGACCUCUACAGAGUUUGGUAG